AUGCGACGUCCGUCAGUUCCGAUCCUGCAGCCCGUGCGGCCGGCAGGGAGUGCUGUUAUCGGUGGUCUGGGCGGUGUGACGGAGUCCCCUGAGGACAAGGCGAUCGCUAGACGUCUUGUGUUCGAGGAGGAGGGAGACGAGGAGGACAAGGUGGAAGAGGAGGAAGGGGUUGGAGAGGGUGGAAGGGGAGAGGAGGAGAUUGAGGAGAAAGAGGAGGAACAAGCGGAGCAAGGAAAGGCUUCCAUACAAGCGCAGUCGCACGCACAGUUCCGCGCGAACGCUACAGGAAACAGCAGAGCUGCUUCGAGAUGUACUGAGGGCGGUAGGUGCGGUGCGUGUCGCAGGCGGGGAGGGGAAGUUCCAUACACUGUGUUUGACACGUCAUGUCUCGUCGAUAGCUCGCGAGGCGAAAUUCCGCCGGUCGAGGCGGAAGCGCUGCUGCGCCCGUUGCUUUCCGCUUGCGCCGCCGCCGCCGCCGAGAAAGCCUCAAUCGCCCCUGGACUUGCCGUUGCCGCCGCCGCCGCAACUGCUGAUUUUCCGCUGGGUGCCACAGUGCCCAGCGCGGAACACGGCGCGACUAGCGGCGCCAGAUCCGGCGCGGAUUUCUCACCGCGACGGGGCAAAGCGGAAGUGGUGAGCGCGGGGAGCAUGGCAGUGGCCGCAUUGGAGUCCUUCCAAGAGCUGCUGAUGAUGGGCGCGAUCAGGGGGUGCAUCGGUGAUAGGAGGUGCGCGUGUGUGGGGGGGAGAUUAGAGCGGGUGGUUGCAUUUGGGGACUGUGUGGUGCGUCCGACUGAUAAGGUAACUAGGAACGACGGCGGCGCUGGUGGUGAUGCAGACUUGGGGCCAGGCGCGCGCUCGUCACGUGGGGCAUUGGACGGCGAAUGUGAAGCUAGCAUGACCAGUAGCAGCCGCGAGGGCAAGCGCGAGAGCAGGAGCAGCAGUGGCAGCAGCGGUGCUCGCAGCAGUGGCGUUGGCGGCGGCGGCGUGGCAGGGCGCAUUUUAGAUGCCGUUUGCCUCUGUGCCGGUCUUCCUCCCAUCGUCCACCCCGCGUCUUCGUCCUCCUCCACACGCCCAGCUCACAUUCUCCCGCCACCUCCGUCGGGUUUGCACGUACCGAAUGUGCUACAAUCGAGCACCGCCCCUACUGCCGCGACCGCUGGUGCUGCUGCUGCCGCGACAGCAUCUGCUGUAACUUCUCUGCAGUACCAAGCAGUCCGCACGUUCCUCGCCUUCGCCUGCGCUCCUUCCCUUCGCCUCCACGCGUCCGUCCUCCUCUCCCUCUUCCACCGUCUCUUCUCCCUCAGGCUCUCACCUCUUCCCAUCCCGCACCCUCUCCCACUCUCACCCCCACUCACCCUCGCUCCGACUUCCGUGCACCUGCACCCUCGCCCUCCCACCGCUCGCGUACGGCCGUUAUCUCUCCGGUCUGGCAGCAAGCACGCCCAGUCUUCCCUCCUUGUCUCUGAGGUUGCACCCGCGUCUCUUGCUUCCCGACGGGAGGUUAUGGCGCUGGUUCGAGGGGAGAGGGAGGAGUUGGGGCGGCCGAAAGGGGCGGAGGAGCAGAGGGACGCAGGGACCAGGGAUGGGCCUUGUCAUACCUGCUGCAGCUCCGCUGUGUGUCGCCCCUCGCUUCUGUGUGCUGCUCCGCUGUGGGAGAAAGGGCGAGGCGAGGAAGGUUUGGGAGAGAGCGACUGGGAGUGGGUGCAGCAGCAGCUGGUGCUUGCGCUGGGGCAGCAUGGAGGGACAGUGGGAGGGAGUGAGGGGCGAGAUUGGGAUGCUGUAGAGGCUUGUGGGAGUUUGGGCAAGGGAGGGAAAGAGGAGGCAGCGAGGGGAGGGUGCGCGGGAGUGUGCAUGGGAGAGGCAGGAGAGGGUGCUGUGUGCGGGUACGAUGGUGUGUGGAGCGGGCGUGUGGGAAAUCUUGAUAGAGUAGAUGCGCGUUUCAUGCUUGCACAGGCUGGGGGGGGGGGAGAGGUGACUGGAGGCCGUGGGAGGAGAGGGCACUGCGGGCAGAAGUCUCAGGAAGCAGAAGAAAGUGAGGAGGUUGCGGAGCAGGUGUGUGAGGAGGAUCAAAUAGGGGACGAGCGGCAAGGAGGGGAGGGGGAGCAAGUAGGGGAGGAGGAAGUAAGGGUGGCAGCAAUGGAGUUGCUGUGCUGGGUGGUGGAGACCAGUGCGCCGCACCUUGCUUCUCACCCACGGCUGGUGAAUGCCCUCAAGGACUCUCUCUGCUUCUUCCUCAUCAGCAACGCGCCCUUCCUCUGCGCCUUGCGCGCCCUCCUCACCCUCCCCCAGCUCUGCCUGGACCUCUUCCUCAACCACGACUGCUGCCCUGGCGGAGGGGACCUCGUGCUCAGGUGGGUAGCGGGUUCUAGUGGAGUGGAGGAGGGAAAAGGGCAUUCUUUACUAGUAGGUCGCCCCAUAAGCUAUGACCCCCACCGCAUUGCAGCACUCUCUGCCUUUGCGUCCCUGCUGCGAUCUCUGGGUAACUGGUCUAGCGCGAGGCUAGAGGACGGAAGUGCGAAGAGAGGGAGGGAAGCAGGGGAACUGGGAGAAGGACAGAGGGAGGACGAGACGGGUGAGAGGAGCAGCUCUGUGAAUGGAGCCACUGCUGCUGCAGCUGCUCAUUCCAGUGCCACGGCCGCCGCUGCGGCGUGUGCUGAUGGUGAAGCGGCUGCAAAGCUUGGGGAUACAGACAGGUCAUCAUGGGCAUGGGCGCACCUGUGUGAGCAGGUGCAACGCAAGCUGCCGUGCCAUGCCUCCCUUUUUGAGGCGCCUCACAAAUCAUGGGCGCAUAUGUGUGAGCAGGUGCAGCGCAAGCUGCUGUACCAUGCCGCGAUCCACCGCUUCAACGCCCAUCCACACCCCUCUUCCCUCUCCUCCCUCCCGUCCUUCUCAUACCCCUCUCCUCCUUCCGCCCCUGCCCACACCUCUUGCCCCACUCCCUCCUCCACCUGCUCCUCCUUGCCUCCGUCCUCCACAACACCUUCCUCCCCCGUCUCCUCUUCCUCCUCCUCCCCGCCUUCCCCUCGCACCAUUGCAAUCUUCCUGCGCACGGCACCUGCUCUCUGCCGCACGGCCAUAGGCAGCUAUCUGGGGGAGAGAGGCCCACAUGCUGCUGCUGUGCUCGCUGCCUACAUGGACUCCUUCGACCUCAGGGGACUGGAGCUAGACGAGGCGAUCCGCAUGGUGCUGCAGUGGUUCCGACUGCCGGGCGAGGCGCAGAAGAUCGAGCGAGUCAUGGAGGCCCUCGCAGCUCACUACUGCUGCUGCAACCCGGGGGGGGCACUCAGCGGGCGCUUGUCCACAGCGCACGUGCUGGCGUACUCCAUCGGCAUGCUCAACAUGGACGCGCACAGCCCGUGUGGAUUGGAGCUAGACGAGGCGAUUCGGGUGGUGCUGCAGUGGUUCCGGCUGCCGGGCGAGGCGCAGAAGAUCGAGCGAGUCAUGGAAGCUUUGGCAGCGCGCUACUGCUGCUGCUGCAAUCCUGGAGGCCCGCUCAGCGGGCGCCCGUCCACAGCGCACGUGCUGGCGUACUCCAUCGUCAUGCUCAACACGGACGCGCACAGCCCGUGUGUCAAGCAGAAGAUGACGGAAGCGGAGUUUAUUCGCAACAACCGUGGGAUUGACAAUGGCAGCGACCUCCCUCCCGCCCUCCUCUCCGCGCUCUACCACCGCAUCACACGCAACGAGAUCCGCAUGCACCAUCCCGCGCCUCCCGCAGCCGCUUCUUCCUCCUCCUCUGCCUCCUCCUCUGCCUCCUCCUCUGCCUCCGCCUCUGCCUCUGCCUCCUCUGCCGCCUCCUCCUCCCUUCAUCCCACCCGCUCGCCUUCGCAUUCAGAGCCUGAGCCUCAAGGCAGCAUCAGUGGGAGGAGGUGGAAGGGGCUGAGUAUGGGUGUGGGAAGGAGCAGUGUGCGAGUCACUCUCCCCGCUAGCAAGUCCUCUGGUGGGAAGUGCACGGACAGUGAUGGGGUGAUCCGUUCACAGGGAGAGCAGACGCCAGAGGAACUGGUAUUUCUUACACGAGUAGGCACGCGCCAGGCCACAAAGCAGGGCUUCAAACGCUCCUUGUCUCGCAACAAGCUGGGGCAUGCGAAGCAGUGCCUCGAGCACCAACAACAACGGCAGCAGCAAGAGGAGCAAUGGUUGAAGCAGCAGCGGCUGCUACUGCGGAGCAUCGAGAGGGAGGAGAGGAUCCUGCUCAGGGAGCAGGUUCGGGCAAGCAGUCAGCAAAUCCAGUACGCACUCCAGAUUCCCUCCUCCUCCUCCUCCUCCUCCUCCUCCUCCUCCUCCUCCUCCUCCUCCUCCUCCUCCUCCUCCUCCUCCUCCUCCUCCUCCUCCUCCUCCUCCUCCUCCUCCUCCUGCCCCCCUUUCUCUACCUCCUCAUGGUGUGACGUAUCUCAGCAUAAACUCAAACCUUUUCCACGUGAUCCUCCUUAA